UUCUUUUCUUUCUUUUUCUCUUUCUUUCUGCCCGUAUAACAAUGAAAAUGGCAGAUUACCAAUCAUCCUUUCCCCUCUAGAGGAAACACCCAUCAUUGCUCCCAACAACCCUUUUUUUUUUUCCAACCUUAGAAACCUGAGCUUCUAAAAGAUCAUAUUCCCUUCUUCCAAUUCCAUUCCCUUUUUCUCUCCUCCCAAUUUAAAUACCCACUCCCUUUACCCCCCCUUUCCUCUCCCCCUAACCUCCUUCAAACUCCUCAUAAACCAUCUCUCUCCCUCUCUCUCUCUCUUAUGUGAUGGAUCCUUCUUCCACCAACUCUGUCAAUGGCUUCUACUCCUUCCUUACCCGAGGACUAGACGAUCUCGAACGAGCUUUUAAUUCCAACAACUUCAUGUCAAUCCAAUUCCUCCAAAGAGUCCUAUCCCUCCUUAGAUCCUUCCACACCCAAUUGACCCUUCUAGUCCAGAAACUUCACCUGCCAGUGGGUGAAAAGUGGCUUGAUGAGUACAUGGAUGAGAGUUCCAAGCUCUGGGAAGUAUGUCACGUCCUCAAAUCCGGCGUCUCCGGCAUCGAAAACUAUUACUCCGCCGGCUUCAACAUAACUUCCUCACUCGACAGUCAUCGGAAUCUAACUCCACAGCUCUCUCGUCAGGUUAUUCGCGCGAUUUCAGGGUGUAAGAGAGAGGCAGUGGGAUUGGAGGAAGAGAACAGGGCACUGAUGGAGACAAGAAUCGAACCUCUGUCGAUCAGAUUGGAGGGGAAAGUGUCGGUGGAAUCGAAGCUGAACGGGUUCAACGGGUUCAGGGGAGUUCUAUACGCAAUGAGAAACGUUAGCUCUCUCCUACUCAUGAUAUUGGUAUACGGGUUGGUCUAUUCCUGGCCCGAGUCCGAUUUCCUGAGAGGCGGGUACGAGGGGUGCGUGUUGUUUGGGUCCGGGUUUAUGAUGUCCACGUCGAGGUUGCAGCAGAUGGUGGCGGCGGAGAUCAGGGGCGGCGGCGGGGGGCGGCCGGGGAUGUUGUUGUACGAGUUUAGGAGGUCAAGGGCGGCGAUGGAGGAGGUGAGGGGGGAGUUGGAGAGGUGGGGUGCGCAGGGGGGAGUGGUGGAGUGGGAGAGAGAGAGUGGGAUGAGAGAGAGAGUGGAGAAUCUGAAGGGGUGUUUUGGGGUUUUGAGGUCUGGGGCGGAGAGUAUUGUUGGGCAGCUUGAUGAUUUCUUUGAUGAGAUUGUGGAAGGGAGGAAGAGGCUUUUGGACUUUUGCAGUCAUAGGUAGAGGAGAGAGAGAACAAAAAUGCUAGAAGCACAUCAGUUGUAUCAUAUUUUAAUCACACUCCUCGAAGGAGGAGAGAGAAAAUUACUCCUAAUUAAUGUAACAAAAAAGAAAAGGUUUUCUGGGUGGGAAAAAGGAGGAAAGAAGAAGGUGAUACUACAAGUAGAUGAAGUCAUCAGUUGUGGGGGGAGGGUAGUACUAGUACUUUCCAAUUUUUUUGUUUCUCUAUUCAUUCCUCUUGUGUUUCUUCUCUUCUACAGCUACAAUAGUUGAUCAAAUUGAAGCAGAUAGUAGUAGACGAGUAGUAGUACCAUUUAUGUUUUACACAGGAAAAUUUUGAAGGAAAACAGAAUGUGAAUCUGGUUUUCAGAUGUCUAAA